CUUCUUCCCGACAUUUGUACCGGGAAAAGUGUACUCUGAAAUACGUGGGGAGGGAGAAGAGGAACGCUCGGAGUACGCACCCAUUUCAAGAAAACAAAGAUCUAAGCUAAUCGCACUGUGGAUGACCAACGAAAUCUCGCCCUCUUUGUUCUUCUUUUCACUCGACAUACAAAAUCGGGAAAAGGGUAAUAGAUCACGACAAGAAAAAGCGACUUCAUUUCCAGACAUGAAUCGAAUUCGAUCUGGGCCAAAUGGAGAGAUACAGAAGUGAAGAACGGACGAGGGAGGUGUCUGAGAAUACGAGGAAGGUGAUGAUGAUGAACCCACCAAAAAACCCAAAUAAAGAAAGAGGGGUGGGCGAUCAUUCAGUAAUCGAAGGAGUUAAAUUUAGACAAAGCGGGCGUGUUUUCAGUAACGCAUUAACCGGCUCUGUGUUCCCGUGUGUUGUGAGAUGGUCAUAACAAACACCAACCCCCCCACAAAAAAAAUGAAGUAAUUCCCAACCGCCGCCGCCGCUCGCCGCCGCCACCUCACACGUUGACAGGAUAUCACCGGACGCCACCGCAUUGUCCUUUCGGCGGCUCCGACAUCCACCUAAGAAACAGCCUCUUCGCAACGGAACCAUAAAAAAGAAGAGAGAAAGAAACAAGAAAAAAGGAAGAAAGGGGGAAUUUAUUCGCUUCUGGUUGAUUGCUCUUUCCCAGGAUUUUCUUCGCUCUGCGUCGAAGGUGGUCGCCGGACUUGGUCUCGCCGCCGCAUUGUGCGUUUCUGGCACUGUGAUCCGCGUUUUGAGGAGGAGGACUCAUCGUCUAGCUGCUCGUGCCGUUCGACAUCGUGAAAAGAUUGCAUGGAGUUUCGUGUUCCGGCGAUCUGGAGAGAUCCUGGGGCCCCGGCCGAUUCUUUCUACGAGGUCCGGGAGGAAUGCACCGACGUUCCCAAGACGCGCUUCAGGAUCAAGGCUGGGAAAACAUUGAGUGCAAGAAAAUGGCAUGCUGCAUUUUCUCCUGAAGGGUAUCUGGAUAUAGGCAAGACUUUGAGCCGAAUUCAACAUGGGGGUAUUCAUCCAUCAAUUAGAGGAGAAGUAUGGGAAUUUCUACUUGGGUGUUAUGAUCCAAAGAGCACAUUCGACGAACGUGAACAGAUACGGCAACGUCGAAGGGUUCAAUAUGCAAGGUGGAAGGAAGAGUGCCACCAAAUGUUCCCUCUUAUUGGAAGUGGUAGGUUUGUGACCGCACCUAUAAUUACUGAGGAUGGUAAGGCAAUCCAAGAUCCUAUCGUACUCCUCCAAACAAACCCACAUGGAGCAGUUUUGACUCCUCAAAAUAAUUCUCAUUCCUCAACCGGCAUAGCAACGAAUGGUACUGCGCCUACUUCCAUGGAUACAGAAUUUUCCUUUGUGGAAACAGUACAAGAACCCUCAAUCCAUGUACUUUUGGACAAAAAAGAAAUCCAAUGGAAGCUCACAUUACAUCAGAUAGGUCUCGAUGUUGUUCGCACAGACAGGCCGUUGGUGUUCUACGAAAAGCAAGAAAACUUGUCAAAGCUUUGGGAUAUUCUAGCAGUUUAUGCCUGGAUAGACAAAGAUGUCGGCUACGGUCAAGGAAUGAGCGAUCUUUGCUCCCCAAUGAUAAUGCUUCUUGACGACGAAGCUGAUGCAUUUUGGUGCUUUGAACGGUUAAUGCGCAGAUUGCGAGGAAAUUUCAGAUGCACCGAGAGCUCUGUUGGGGUGGAGGCACAACUUAGUAACUUGGCUAAUAUUACUCAAGUUAUCGAUCCGAAACUUCAUCAGCAUAUAGAAACACUGGGUGGAGGAGACUAUCUUUUUGCUUUCCGAAUGAUUAUGGUUUUGUUCCGUCGAGAAUUUUCAUUUGGUGACUCUUUGUAUCUUUGGGAGAUGAUGUGGGCCUUGGAAUAUGACCCAGACUUGUUCUCUAUGUAUGAAGAGCCCGAUUUAGCUGGUGAAAAAGCUGAUGGGUCUAAAGGAAAAGCCAAGUCAAUACGACAGUGUGGGAAGUUUGAGAGAGAAAAUAUGAGAAACGGAGCAAAGAACUCUGAUGCCCCUCUGCCCAUCUCUAUUUUCCUUGUUGCCAGUGUCUUGAAGGAUAAGAGCUCAAAGCUCUUGCAAGAAGCACGGGGCCUGGAUGAUGUCAUUAAGAUACUCAAUGAUAUGACUGGAAAUCUGGAUGCAAAAAAGGCGUGCAGUGGGGCUAUGAAACUUCACAAGAAGUAUUUAAAAAAGGCUAAGAAGACAUAGCAAAAACUGAAGCAUCCCUGAGAUCUGAUGCGAAAAAAGGAGGAACUGAGAUUCGCCUCUCGCCGUCGGCUUAUGAUUCCAGAGGAGCUGUACAAAUAUUAAGUGUAUCUUUCUGUAUUCCUAAAGAAAGACAAACAAAA